UUUUCUUCCAGACUUAAUGCAAGUACUAGGAAGUCACGCACUCUUAAAAUUAACGAGGGAUUUGAACUGGAAAGCAUCAAUGGAAACCUUAACACUGUCGCGCAUCAUGGCCCAGGACAUUACAUGGACCUGAAUGAAGUUAGGUCACGAAAUGGACCUGCCACAGACCCAACACGAAUCUAUUUAGAAAUAAACGAAUAUGCUCCCCUGCAUCCAGGAACGCGCUCGUGGGAAGUGGAGAGAGAAAACGUUACAAUUGAAAAGGUGAUCGGAAAAGGUGCCUUUGGACAAGUCGCUCAAGGAAAAGCUUCAAACCUUCGAGGAAGAGAGGAGACAAUAACAGUUGCCAUAAAAAUGCUGAAAGGAAACGCUAGAGAUAUAGAAAGGAAAGAUUUGCUGUCAGAGCUUGAAAUCAUGAAGAAACUCAAGCCCCACCCUCACGUCAUCAAAUUGCUGGGAUGCGUCACUAAAUCAGAUCCUUUGCUUGUCCUAAUCGAGUAUGUCCCAUAUGGAGAUCUCCGGGGCUAUUUGAGAAAGAGCCGGUAUUUAGAAGAUAACUAUUUCAAUGACCCAGAUAUAAAGCCAAAAACGAGUUUGGCUUCCCAGCAGCUGAUGAAAUUUUCCUGGCAAGUAGCUGAUGGUAUGCAUUAUCUAUCCUCAAAAAACAUUAUUCACCGCGACCUUGCAGCCCGCAACGUCCUGGUUGGAGAGCGAGAACGAUGUAAGGUAACCGAUUUUGGAAUGGCUAGAGACGUGUGCCAGGAAAACAUCUACGAAAGGAAGUCAAAGGGGAGACUGCCAGUGAAAUGGACAGCUAGCGAAGCGCUGCUAUACGGACGAUAUACGACGAAAAGUGAUGUAUGGAGUUUUGGUAUUGUGCUUUACGAAAUCUUUACGAUAGGUGGCUCUCCGUAUCCAAAGAUAGACGGACGAAAAAUUGCACAUUUACUUUCUCAGGGCUACAGGAUGCCUAAGCCACGGCACGUGGACGAUACCCUUUACAAGACAAUGCAAGACUGCUGGCAAGAGAAUCCUGACGAUCGCCCAGUGUUUGAGAGUCUUAGGAAUGAUUUGAAGGAAAUGGAAAAUCAACAUCAGAGGCUCAUCAACAUGCAACUUUACGACAACAUCCUUUACGCAAAUGUGGAGUGAAUUCUUGUUNA